ACCACCCUACACUCUCCCUAACCGACCUCCUCCUGCCCCAGUCAUGAUGGUGCCCCCCCCUCCCACCAACCAGCCCCAUAUCUGCCUGUCCACCCUGCUGAUCAUGAGCAGUAUGGCCCUGAUCGAUGCCUAUCUGGUGGAACAGAACCACGGGCCCAGGAAGAUAGGUAUCUGUAUCAUGGUGAUGGUAGGGGACCUCUGCUUCCUCAUCGUGUUCCGGUACGUGGCGGUUUGGGUCGGGGCCGAGGUACGGACCGCCAAGCGAGGCUGUGCCAUGAUACUCUGGUUCCUCUAUAUCUUUGUCCUGGAGAUCAAGGUGUACUUUGUGUACCAGAACUACAAGGCUGACAGGAAGUCUCUAGAUGCUCUGGCCCGUAAGGCCCUGACCCUACUCCUCUCAGUCUGUGUCCCGGUGCUGUUUGUUGGUCUAGUGGCAAUAGACCAUAUGGAGUACGUACAGCCGUUCAAGAAGAAAGAGGAGCUGCGUAACAGGUUGUUCUGGGUGGUGCUGGACCUGCUAGAUAUCCUGGAUAUUCAGGCUAAUCUCUGGGAACCCCUGAAGAAAGGUCUCCCUCUGUGGGCUGAAGGACUGAUGUUCUUCUAUUGUUACAUCCUGUUGCUAGUCCUUCCCUGUGUCUCUCUUAGUGAGAUCUCCAUGCAGGGCAUCAAUAUAGUCCCACACAAGAUGAUGCUAUAUCCUAUCCUCAGCCUGGUCACCAUUAAUAUUUUAACCUUAUUGAUCAGAGGCUGUAACAUGCUGCUGUAUAGCGAUGCCCGGGUCAGUGGGAUCCUGAUAGGGAAGAAUGUGUUAGCUAUCAUACUAAAGACCUGUAGCUUCAUCCAGUACAGGAAGCAGUUACCGAACACUCCUCCUGCUUUCGGGUUGGAACGACAGAGGAACUCUGUACCACAUCACCAUGGUAACCAGGGUCUUGGACGCCCUGUUUCUAUAGUGAUGACCGCUCACCCGCAGGUGGUCCUCCCGGACCAGACAGCCCUGCCCCUCCCUCUGCCAGAGGUCACAACUACAUGUCAACAUACAUGACUGAGACCAGGAUCAUACCAUGUAUGUAUGUAUGACCCUCAAGAUAUUAUACACGGGACACACAGGAACAUCUGACUCAGGACAUCAGGACAUCAGGACUCUACAGGGCAAUGGUCAACAUCAUGUGAAAAACCUUGUAUGGAUAUUAUCACUGAUCAGAGGGACAACUUACACUUCUAAUAAAACAUAAAGCAGUAUAUGGAUAUUGUCACUGAUCAAAGGGACGCAGGAUCCUUAUGGAGUAUAGCGCAGAGACAUGGAGAAUGUUUAUGAAGAACCUUGAUACAAAGAAGAUUAUAAUACCAAUCUGAAUGUAUAUUAUCAUUGGAACACAGUGGAAACUCUCCUUAAGGAUAAUAUGGUGACAUGGACAACACCUUCUAGUGUAAAUAACAGUAUAUCUAGACUCUUAAUAUUUGCCCUGUGGAUUCAGAGAACAGUAUCUCCAGACUCUGCAAAUUAAAGACUUUCCUCGGUGGAUUCUCUAGACUCUGUUAAAGACAACACAUUCUGGUGUAAAGAACAGGAUCUCUAGACUCUGUUAAAGACAACACAUUCUGGUGUAAAGAACAGGAUCUCUAGACUCUGUUAAAGGCAACACAUUCUGGUGUAAAGAACAGGAUCUCUAGACUCUGUUAAAGACAACACAUUCUGGUGUAAAGAACAGGAUCUCUAGACUCUGUUAAAGACAACACAUUCUGGUGUAAAGAACAGGAUCUCUAGACUCUGUUAAAGACAACACAUUCUGGUGUAAAGAACAGGAUCUCUAGACUCUGUUAAAGACAACACAUUCUGGUGUAAAGAACAGGAUCUCUAGACUCUGUUAAAGACAACACAUUCUGGUGUAAAGAACAGGAUCUCUAGACUCUGUUAAAGACAACACAUUCUGGUGUAAAGAACAGGAUCUCUAGACUCUGUUAAAGACAACACAUUCUGGUGUAAAGAACAGGAUCUCUAGACUCUGUUAAAGACAACACAUUCUGGUGUAAAGAACAGGAUCUCUAGACUCUGUUAAAGACAACACAUUCUGGUGUAAAGAACAGGAUCUCUAGACUCUGUUAAAGACAACACAUUCUGGUGUAAAGAACAGGAUCUCUAGACUCUGUUAAAGACAACACAUUCUG